GAACAUAGAGAGAUUUGUGAAAGUCAUUUUAUCACUCUAAAAUAAAAUAAAGGAUUCAAAAUUCGAAAACCCUUUUGUUAUUUUGUUUUAAAAUUGAAACCCCAAAGAGAGAAAUUACUUUGAGGUUAAGAAGGGAGUGAUUUUCAGACAACAGUGAUGGCCGCUGCUUCACUUAGUCCUUCUUCAAACCUUCUAUCAUAAACCCGUUUCUCUCUCAGCUUUCAGGAAGAGGUAGGAGAACCUGAAGAAAGAUAAGUUGGAUUUGAGCAAUGUCAACCCAAAGAAAAACACCAAUGCAGGAAGGGUGGGAUUUCUCUUUUUGGCAGUCUAGUGUCUGAACUUCGGUAAACAAUAAGCAUCAAAUCAAAGAUAUCAACUGUCCCGUAGGUCCAAUAGCAGUUACCCCUGAUCAUCUUAAAAAUUCCUGAACUGGAAACCGAAUAGAAAGUGCUUCUGAGUCUCAGUUGCUUGGCAAGUUCAACUUCCCUGUAUUAUAUGGUGAUUGCUUGUUUGUGGAAGAAGUUUGUGAUCUCUGUAUGUAUUUACCGGUUUAUAUUUAUAUGUGAAAGAUGGCACAUGGGGACGGGGACCCAUUUGAGACGGAAUGAAUGGAGAAAAUCCAAACAAUAUUUUCAUGGAACAAUCUAGAGUUCAUAAACAAUUCAACUCUGUGGAAUAUGGAAAUCGGGAACUCCCACAAGCAUCUCAGGCAAUUAUGGUAGAUCCUAUGAGCCGCUUAAAUAUGAGUAUAAGACCUCCUGAGCUAAAUGGAUCAGAAGUUAAACCUGUACUUAAUUAUUCCAUACAGACUGGUGAGGAGUUUGCUCUUGAAUUUAUGCAGGAUCGAGUAAAUCCUAGGAAGCCUUUCAUCCAUAACUCUCUGGGUGAAUCCAGUUAUGCAGCAGGAUAUAUGGAUCUAAAAGGCAUUUUAGGCAUUAGUCAUACAGGGUCGGAAAGUGGGUCUGGUAUUUCAAUGCUUAACAUGGUAGAGGAACUUCCAAAGGGGUUCGAAAGAAAAUACCCUUUACAUGAAGACCAAAGCAAUUAUGGGUCACUUCAAUCAGUACCACAGACCUCAUCGGGAUAUGGGAAUAGUAGAGGACUUUUAGGAAUGUCACUUGGUGCCUCUUAUAGAACAUCAUCAAAGAUGAAGGUUCUCUGCAGCUUUGGUGGGAAAAUCCUUCCUCGACCAAGUGAUGGAAAGCUAAGGUAUGUUGGAGGUGAAACACGUAUGAUUCGCAUCAGAAAGGAUAUUUCAUGGCAAGAACUUAAGCAGAAGAUAUUAGCUAUUUAUGACCAAGCUCAUGUGAUUAAGUAUCAGCUUCCAGGGGAGGACUUUGACGCUUUGGUGUCUGUGUCCUCUGACGAAGAUCUGCAGAAUAUGAUGGAGGAAUGUAAUGAACUUGAAGAUAAAGAAGCCUCACAAAAGCUUAGGAUGUUUUUGUUCUCACUGAGUGAUUUGGAGGAUACUCAGUUUGGUCUGGGCAACACAGUUGGUGAUUCUGAGAUUCAGUAUGUCGUAGCUGUCAAUGGAAUGGACUUGGGAUCUACGAGAAGCUCUACUCUGAAUGGUUGGACAAGCUAUUCAGCAAACAAUCUAGCAGAAUUAGAUGGAAAGACUAUAGAAAGGGAGACACACAGAGUUGCAAGAGACUCUGUUGUGGUUAGCUGUUCAACCUUUCCUGGCAUUAUGGUGUCAUCAUCAGCUUUUCAGUCUUCUCAACCGGUUCUACCAAGUUUCUCCAAUGCUUAUGAAAACCAUCCACAGUUUUAUCAUGGCCAGACAAUGCAGUAUCCAUUGCAGUAUGGUCAUAAUUCUUCUAAUUAUUCCUAUAUUCCAGAAUUUUCUAAUUCUAUUCCUCCUAAUGGGUUUAUGAAUCAACAUGAACGCUUGACUGAAGUACAAUCAUGCAAUGGCCUACAACAGAAUCCACAGAUGCUGAUGACUGAGUUGAAGCCAAAACCUGAAGGUUCAUGUAACCAGGAUAAUGACCUUGAAAGACCUCAUCCCUUGGAAAAAGAUCACCCUGUCUCUUCUCAGCCACAUGAUGGAAAGGUGAUAAAGCAUUUUCCGCUUGAAGAAGUGCCAGUAUCAGUUGCUUCAUCAGAUGUGCCUUUCUUGACUUCAAAAAAUGAAGCAAAGUAUCAGGAAAAUGAAAAUGUUGUGUCAUCUGUAGAUGUUGUGAAUCCAGUGAUGGUUCCUAAACCGGGUAACGAUGACUAUCAUUCUAUGUCUAGUGGCACAUUUGGUCAAGGUUUUGCAGAUUCUGAUUCUAAUCCAACUGAUUUGAGCUACGUUGAGCCCCCGGUGCCUCCUCACAAGGUUUAUUAUUCAGAGAGAAUUCCUCGGGAGAAGGCAGAAUUGCUGAACCGAUUGUCAAAGUCCGAUGAUUCAUUAGGUUCUCAGUUGCUCUUGUCUCACCCACAUUCUGAUGUAGCACUGCGAGAUGCAGCCGCAGAAACUGUUGAAAAUGUACGUGAUAGUAAUAUGGUUCCCCAUAGUGAAGUCUCAGUGGCUAAACCCUCAAAUAUAGAUCAUCAAACCAUUGAAGAUGGGCUUGCCCAACUGCAGAAGUACAAAGAAUUUGCUGAUGCUAUUUCGCAGAUGAACUCAAAGCUUUCUGAAGAAGCAUUGGAUGCAGGUUUGAAGCAAGCAGAUUCAAACCUUGUGGACAGUAUGCAAACUGCAAACAAGGAUAGGGUGCAGGUUGAUUAUAUGAGAGAUAACCUUCCAGAUGAUCAAAAGAUACUCUCAUUUGUUGAGAAAACAGAAACUGGAUCAGGACUUCCUGCAGUAGGCGAAUCAGCUUUUGCUAUGCACCAUGAGGCUCCUCAACACAAUCUUCCAAAACCAACUCAUGGCAAUAUGACUAGCAAAAACCCUCCACGACAUUUUCAGGCUGGUUUGAGGACAGAGAGUUCAACUAAUGAUGAUUCUACAGAGCACCAUGAUUUUGGUAUUUCCAGGGCAGAGCAGGGAGACAUUCUUAUUGAUAUUAAUGAUCGAUUUCCUCGUGAUUUCCUUUCUGAUAUAUUUUCAAAAGCAAUGCUUUCUGAGGAGUCCUCUGGUGUUAGCCUGCUGCAGACAGAUGGAGCUGGCUUGAGCUUGAACAUGGAAAACCACGAGCCAAAGCACUGGUCAUAUUUUCAAAAGUUGGCACAAGAUUAUGGUGAAAAAGAUGGUUCCCUCAUCAACCAAGAUAUUAGAUCGGAUCAGUUAACCCCAGCAGAGGUAGUUCCAUUAACCCAAGCUGAUUCCAAUCAAAAUUCUGGUGAAGACAACCAGAAGGACAACCAACCCCAAGAGAAAAUUACUGAAAGUAUGCAGUUCGAUGCCAUGAUGGAGAACCUAAGAACACCAGAGUCAGAAUAUGAGAAGGGGAAGUCAGAAAAGAGGAAUAUUGGUCUGCCUCCUUUGGAUCCUUCUCUGGGAGACUUUGAUAUCAAUACCUUGCAGCUCAUAAAGAAUGAAGAUCUUGAAGAGUUGAAGGAGCUGGGUUCUGGUUCAUUUGGGACUGUAUAUCAUGGAAAAUGGAGGGGGUCUGAUGUUGCCAUCAAGAGAAUAAAAAAGAGCUUCUUCACAGGUCAAUCUUCUGAGCAAGAAAGAUUGACCAUUGAGUUCUGGCGGGAAGCUGACAUUCUAUCAAAGCUUCACCAUCCAAAUGUGGUGGCAUUUUAUGGUGUGGUGCAAGAUGGUCCUGGGGGAACAAUGGCUACUGUUACAGAGUACAUGGUUGAUGGUUCCCUUAGGCAUGUUUUACUUCGGAAAGAUAGGUAUCUUGAUCGUCGGAAGAAGCUAAUAAUUGCUAUGGAUGCAGCAUUUGGGUUGGAAUAUUUGCAUUCAAAAAAUAUUGUGCAUUUUGAUCUGAAAUGUGACAACUUACUUGUCAACUUGAAAGACCCUUCACGACCAAUUUGCAAGGUUGGUGAUUUUGGACUGUCAAAAAUUAAACGUAAUACCUUAGUUUCUGGUGGUGUUCGGGGGACCCUGCCAUGGAUGGCCCCAGAGCUUCUGAAUGGGAGCAGCAAUAAGGUCUCAGAAAAGGUUGAUGUGUUCUCCUUCGGUAUUGUUCUAUGGGAGAUUCUCACUGGUGAAGAGCCUUAUGCCAAUAUGCACUAUGGUGCAAUAAUAGGUGGAAUUGUCAGUAACACAUUGAGGCCGACAAUUCCAAGCUUUUGUGAUCCUGAAUGGAGAAAACUAAUGGAAGAAUGUUGGGCCCCUAAUCCUGCAGCCAGGCCAUCAUUCUCAGAAAUUGCCAGUCAAUUGCGUACAAUGUCAGCAGCUGCUAACCAAACCAAGGUGCAUGGUAACAAGGCAACAAAGUAAUGAUGAUAGUUGAACUAUCCUGUCUCUUCCACGAUUUAUUACACAUAAUAGGUUUAUUCAUUCAAUUGUUCACACAAUGAGUAGUAUCUUUUAUACAUUUGACAGCAGAAUUGGCUUCCUAAUUGUUUUUGAAAUGGAAGGCUUCUCUUAAAAGAAUCUCAUAUAUACUUUUCUUUUCCCAUCACAUUAAAUGUAUGGAACAAAAAUUGUAAUUUAAUAUCAUGUCUUAAACUUGUCUUUUGCCUUUUGUGCUGUGUUGAUA